AUGCGUAUAGGUCAAGGUGCAUUUGGAGACGUUUGGCUUGCUGAGGACUUAACGAAGAAACGACAUGUUGCUUUAAAAAAACUAAUUUCAAAGGAAAGUAGAGACGGGUUUUCGAAGACAGCAAUUAGGGAGAUAGUUUUAUUAACGAACUUAAAACAUGAGAAUAUUGUCGAAUUGUAUGGAGUAGUUUUUUCAAGGCCUCAUAAUGAUUUGAACGAACAUAAUACACAAGGAAAUCCGAUUAAUGGGGUUUCUGCGCAUUUACAGUCAAACUCCCCAAAUAGAGGAUCUAUUUGGAUGGUAUUUGAGUACUUACCAUAUGAUCUUUCAGGCUAUAUAGAAGGCCUUAAGUUAGAAGGUAGGGUAAUUAAAGUAAUAGAUAUUAAGGUAAUUAUUCGACAACUUCUUUCAAGUUUAGAGUAUUGCCACCUAAAUAAUACAAUUCAUAGAGAUAUAAAGUGCGCAAAUUUGUUAAUUUCGGGAGAUGGAGUUGUUAAAUUGGCAGAUUUUGGUCUUGCAAGAGUCUUCAAUAGUCGUAAUAGGAUGCUCACCAACAGAGUUGUCACACUUUGGUACAGACCACCUGAACUUUUAUUGGGUGCGCAGUGCUAUGAUACUCCUGUUGAUAUGUGGUCAGUUGGAUGUAUACUUGGUGAGCUGGUUUUACAACAACCAUUGUUUUGUAGUGAAACGGAAGCUGGGGUAUUGAAAUCGAUUGGUGAUACUCUCGGUUCUCCUCCUUCGGAUAUGCUGUUUGAGUUAAAAAAACUGCCUUUGUGGAAUGAUCAAGAUAAUAAUCCACUUUUACAAAUUUUGGGCUCAGGGAUGGGAUCUAAAUUCAGGCAAUUUACUUCACGUGUUGAAGAAAAGGUUGGCCAGCAAGGAUUAGAUCUAUUAUUACAGUUGCUACAAUAUUCACCAGAAAACAGAUUAACUGCACGCCAAGCUUUGGAGCACCCAUGGCUGAACUCAAACGAUCCCAAUGAAGUAAUUCCUGAUAAAUUAGAUAUGUCCAUUUUUAGUCAAAAAAAACAAUUCCAUUCUUUAAAUGCGAGAAAAUUGCGCGAAAAACUUCAAGGUAGGCUCAAGGCUCCUUCAUCUUCAGAGGUAGGUGGUGCUUUGAACGCAAUAAUUGGGAAGGCGUACAAUGUAGAUAAGAUAAAAAAGAUUAUUGAAGAAGAUAUCAAGACAAAGAACACAUCAAAAAGUGCGGAAACUAGGGGGAAACAAAUAAAUGAAACAAAUUCUAUUAAUACGGAUUCAGUUUUUAAUGUUGAUGAAAGAAAAUUCAAGAGAUCUAGGAGUAGAGAAUCUGAAAAUAGCCUAAAUGGAUCAAGAUGGAAAAUAAGAAACUCAAGUGAACGAAAAUACUCUAAAGAAUAUGACAAAAAGUACUCGUCAAACACACACUAUGACAGAAGAGAGAAAGAACGUGAAAGAGAGGACGAGUAUGAAAAAAGAAGAUACGAAUAUUCAAGAGAUGAUAGUUAUUCUCGCAACAGAGAUAGAGAAUUAGCAUAUUACGAUUACAGGUACUCAAGCAGUUCGCGGUACAAUAGAGACGGCCCAAACGGGAGCCGUUCUAAUCUCUCACAGCACUUAACUCCUCCUCAUUCACCGCAACACCAUACAUACCUAUCGUCUAACUACUCCGCAAACUAUUAUAGGAAAAGGAAUUCGCCGCCUCCAAGAAGCUCACGCGAGCAUUCGAGUAAAUAUAACAUAUCAAGAAGUACUGGCUCAAACAUGUAUUAUGACAACAAGAGUAAGAACGAAUAUCGUGACUAUAGAAGGUGA